AUGGCGCCGCCGCCCGUGGAUGACCCAGGAAAUGUUAAGGUUGUCGUGAGGUGUAGGGCAUUUUUGAAGAGAGAACGAGACAAGGGCACGCAAUGCCUCAUCCGAAUGGAACCGGCGACCGAGAAGACGACCCUGCUCGCUCCGUACGACCUCGACUUGGCCAAUUCCCACCGUGGAAGAGUCUAUGAAGAUAAAGAAUUUAUCUUCGACAAGUCCUUCUGGUCACAUGACGUGGCCGACCCGCACUACGCCCACCAAGAGGAUGUUUACCGAUCGUUCGGAGAGGAGUUCUUGGACCACAACUUCGACGGCUACCACACGUGCAUAUUUGCCUACGGUCAGACCGGCUCAGGCAAGAGUUACACGAUGAUGGGCACGCCAGAACAACCCGGACUAAUCCCUCGCACCUGUGAGGAGUUAUUUGAGAGGAUUCAGCAGGACCCCACCCCGAACACAACCUAUCAUGUCCAUGUCUCAUACUUCGAGGUGUACAACGAGCACGUCCGGGACCUCCUCGUACCCCGCACCAACCCACCCAUAUAUCUCAAGAUCCGCGAGUCCCAGACAGACGGAGUCUACGUCCAGGGCUUAACAGAGGCCGAAGUCAAGAAUUACGCUGAUGUCGAGCGCCUCAUGAAGAUGGGUGACAUGACCCGCACAACCGCCUCCACCAAGAUGAAUGAUACCUCGUCACGUUCCCAUGCAGUCUUCACUAUCCAACUCAAACAGAUCCAGCAUUCCCUCCUCUCUGAUCAAACUAUUGAGCGCUGCGCCCGCAUGCGCCUUGUCGACCUCGCUGGCUCCGAACGCGCCAAAUCCACCGAAGCCACGGGCCAGCGUCUCAAAGAAGGCGGGCAGAUCAACAAAUCGCUCACCACACUCGGUCGCGUCAUCGCCGCGCUGGCAGAUCCAAGGCGACAUCACAAAGGACGUAGACACAGGGAUGUAGUGCCGUACAGAGACAGCGUGUUAACAUGGUUGCUGAAGGAUAGCUUGGGGGGAAAUAGUAAAACGGCAAUGGUAGCCUGCAUCGCACCGAGCGAUUACGAAGAAACACUGAGCACUCUCCGGUACGCCGACCAAGCGAAACGGAUCCGAACUCGGGCAUCCGUCAACCAAGAUUGCAUGUCCAGCGCACAACGCGACGCCCAGAUCAAAGAAAUGGCCGAGCAAAUCCGAUCGCUCCAAGUCUCCGUUAACGCGGCUUCACAGCGCAAACGAGAAGAAGCAACCGAGCUCGAGGAAUACCAGAAACAAGUCGCUAAGAUGCAGAGACUAAUGGAAGAGAAUCGUCAAGUCAGUGAAUGCAAGAUCAAAGCCCUGACCACCGAAGUCGAGGACUUGCGACCUGCGAACGCGGCUCUGCGGUCUGAGAUUGAGGCGCUGCGUCGCCAUCUCGCGCUUGCGCUAGGAGAACUCAAGAAUCCGAUUAUUUUACCCCCGCCGCAAAACGUCACUACGCCCGAACUAGAACACGCAGAAUUUACCAAUCUAAAGGAAGGUGUAGAGAGGGGAAUAGGAGUAGUAGCAGGCGGCCGCGGCGAUGGUAAAGAGAACCAAAAUCCCGCUGACUCGGGAGAUGAACUCAGCUCUGAUGACGAAGACUCAGGCUAUGACGAAGGCGAUGAAUUCGCACUUGAUCUACAGGCCGAGGCAAACGAGUUCUUGAAGGAUCUCGGCUUGUUUAGGAGGAAGGUCGGGAGUGAUCAGGAGAGGUUUGGCGUCAGGCAUGUGUUGCACGAUAUGCUUGCUAACUAA